GGCGGGUCUUGCGGCACCGCCCGGGAAGCUGCGCGAGGCUCGGCAGGAGCCGACACAUCCUCCUCCUCUUGGUCCAGGCAAGCGGAGCGGAGCCAGGACCAGGUGGAGGGUACCAACGGAGCGGGCGGAGCGGAACGCAGAGCCAUGGCACAUCAGACGGGCAUCCAUGCCACAGAUGAGCUGAAGGAAUUCUUUGCCAAGGCUCGGGCUGGCUCUAUCCGGCUCAUCAAAGUUGUCAUUGAGGAUGAGCAGCUCGUGCUGGGUGCCUCGCAAGAGCCAGUGGGCCGCUGGGACCAGGACUACGACAGGGCUGUGCUGCCGCUGCUAGAUGCCCAGCAGCCCUGCUACCUGCUGUACCGCCUUGACUCGCAGAAUGCGCAGGGUUUCGAGUGGCUCUUCCUGGCUUGGUCGCCUGAUAAUUCCCCUGUGCGGCUAAAGAUGCUGUAUGCGGCCACACGGGCCACAGUGAAAAAGGAGUUUGGAGGUGGCCACAUCAAGGAUGAGCUCUUCGGGACUGUGAAGGAUGACCUCUCCUUUUCUGGGUAUCAGAAGCACGUGUCAUCCUGUGCAGCACCUGCUCCGCUGACCUCAGCUGAGAGAGAGCUUCAGCAGAUCCGUAUCAAUGAGGUGAAGACAGAACUCAGCGUGGAAAGCAAGCAGCAGACGCUGCAGGGCCUCGCCUUCCCCCUGCAACCCGGGGCCCAGCGGGCACUCCAUCAGCUCCGACAGAAAGUCAUCAACUAUGUCCAGCUGAAGCUGGACCUGGAGCGGGAGACCAUCGACCUGGUCCAUACAGAGCCCACCGAUGUGGCCCAGCUACCCUCACGAGUACCCCGAGAUACUGCUCGCUACCACUUCUUCCUCUACAGGCACACUCAUGAAGGUGACCUCCUCGAGUCUGUGGUGUUCAUCUACUCGAUGCCGGGGUACAAGUGCAGCAUCAAGGAGCGCAUGCUGUACUCCAGCUGCAAGAGCCACCUCCUCGACUCCGUGGAGCAGGAUUUCCAGCUGGAGAUCUCCAAGAAGGGUUCCUGCCAUGGUGCCGUGCACCUGCUGUCUCUCCUGGUGCAGGCCGAGGCACUGGCCGUGGCCUUGGCACUGGGUACCCUGCCUGCCUUCCUACCCUGUGAGCUCCAGCACCAUGGCCUGGUGAAUUGCAAUUGGCUUUUCCUGAAGUCUGUGCCCCACUUCUCUGCGACAGCACCCCGUGACAAUAUCACCAGUCUUUCUUUGUCCUCCAACCGCAUCCACCACCUCCAUGACUCUGACUUUGCCCACCUGUCUAGCCUACGGCAUCUCAAUCUCAAGUGGAACUGCCCACCAGCCAGCCUCAACCCCAUGCACUUCCCCUGCCAUAUGACCAUCGAACCCAAUACCUUCUUAGCUGUGCCUACCCUGGAGGAGCUAAACUUGAGCUACAACAGCAUCACAACUGUGCCUGCCCUGCCCAAAUCCCUUGUGUCCCUGUCCCUGAGCCGCACUAACAUCUUGGUGCUGGACACCACCAGCUUCACUGGCCUGCAUGCCCUGCGCUUUCUAUACAUGGAUGGCAACUGCUAUUACAAGAACCCCUGCAGGGAGGCACUGGAGGUGGCCCCAGGGGCCCUCCUUGGCCUGCGUAACCUCACUCACCUGUCACUCAAGUACAACAACCUCACAGUGGUACCCCGCAACCUACCCCCUAGCCUUGAGUAUCUGCUAUUGUCCUACAACCACAUUGUCAAAUGGGGACCCAGGGACUUGGCCAAUCUGACUGCCCUGCGUGUGCUUGAUGUGGGUGGAAACUGCCGCCGGUGUGACCAUGCCCGCAAUCCCUGCAUGGAGUGCCCUCAUGGCUUCCCUCAGCUACAUCCUCAUACUUUCAGCCACCUCAGCCAUCUUGAAGGUCUGGUGUUGAAGGACAGUUCUCUCUUGAGUCUUAAUACCACAUGGUUUGAUGGCCUGGGCAACCUCACAGUGCUGGACUUGAGUGAGAACUUCCUCUAUAGCUCUAUCACCAAAACCAAUGCCUUCCAGGGCCUGGCACGGCUACGUAAGCUCAACCUGUCCUUCAAUUACCGAAAGGGGGUAUCCUUUGCCUACCUGCAGCUGGCACCCUCCUUUGGGAACCUGACCUCAUUGCAGGAACUGGACAUGCAUGGCAUCUUCUUCCGCUCACUCAAUGAGACCUCCCUCAAGCCGCUAGCCCAGCUGCCCAUGCUCCAGAUUCUGCGUCUACAGAUGAACUUCAUCAACCAGGCCCAGCUCAGCAUCUUUGGGGCCUUCCCUAACCUGCACUAUGUGGAUCUAUCAGACAACCGUAUCAGUGGAGCAUUCAAGCUGGCGGCCACCACAGGGGAGGCAGAUGGUGAGGAGAAGCUCUGGCUGCAGCCUGGGGACCUUGCUUCAGCCCCAGUGGAUGCUCCCAGCUUUGAGGACUUCAUGCCCAACUGCAGCAACCUCAACUUCACCUUGGACCUCUCACGUAACAAUCUGGUAACAAUCCAGCCAGAGAUGUUUGCUGGGCUUUCGCACCUCCAAUGCCUAAGCCUGAGCAACAACUGCAUCUCACAGGCAGUCAAUGGCUCUCAGUUCAAGCCACUGCCCAUGCUGCAGGUGCUAGACCUGUCUCAUAAUAAGCUGGACCUGUACCAUGAGCGCUCGUUCACAGAGCUACAACUGCUGGAAUCCCUGGACCUCAGCUACAACAGCCAGCCCUUCAGCAUGCAGGGCGUGGGCCACAACUUCAGCUUUGUGGCCCACCUGCUCUCCCUGCGCUACCUCAGCCUGGCACACAACGACAUCCACAGCCGUGUGUCCCAGCGGCUGUGCAGCAACUCACUGCAGGCCCUGGACUUCAGUGGCAAUGCCCUGAACCGUAUGUGGGCUGAGGGAGACCUCUACCUCCACUUCUUCCAAGGCCUGAGACGCCUAGAGUGGUUGGACUUGUCUCAGAAUCGCCUGCAUACCCUCUUGCCCGGUGCCCUGGGCAACCUCCCCAAGACCCUGCGGCUGCUACAUCUCCGUAACAAUUACCUGGCCUUCUUCAUGUGGAGCAACCUGACCCUCCUGCCCAAGCUAGAAGUCCUGGAUUUGGCAGGAAACCAGCUGAAGGCCCUGACCAAUGGCAGCCUGCCUGAGGGCACCCAGCUGCGGAAGCUGGACCUCAGCAGGAACAGCAUCAGCUUCGUGGCCCCUGGCUUCUUUGCCCUGGCCAUGAAGCUGAAGGUGCUCAACCUCAGUGCCAAUGCCCUCAAGACGGUGGAGUCCUUCUGGUUUGGGCACAUGGCAAGUAACCUGACAAUACUAGAUGUGAGCGCCAACCCUCUGCACUGCGCAUGUGGGGCGGCCUUCCUGGACUUCCUGCUGGAGGUGCAGGCAGCUGUGCCUGGUCUGCCCAGCCAGGUGAAGUGUGGCAGUCCAGGCCAGCUUCAGGGCCGCAGCAUCUUUGCACAGGAUCUACGACUCUGCCUGGAUGAGGCCCUCUCCUGGGACUGUUUUGGUUUCUCACUGCUGGCUGUGGCUCUAGGCCUGGCUGUGCCCAUGCUGCACCACCUUUGUGGCUGGGACCUCUGGUACUGCUUCCACUUGUGCCUGGCCUGGCUUCCCUGGCGGGGGCGGCGACAAACUGAAAAUGCCCUGCCCUAUGAUGCUUUUGUGGUUUUCGACAAGGCGCAGAGUGCUGUGGCCGACUGGGUGUACAAUGAACUGCGGGAGCGGCUGGAGGAGCGCCGGGGGCGCCGGGCACUGCGCCUGUGCCUGGAGGAGCGCGACUGGCUGCCUGGCAAGUCCCUCUUCGAGAACCUGUGGGCCUCAGUCUAUGGCAGCCGUAAGACGCUGUUUGUUCUGGCCCACACGGACCGGGUCAGUGGCCUCUUGCGCACUAGCUUCUUGCUGGCCCAGCAGCGUCUGCUGGAGGACCGCAAGGAUGUUGUGGUGCUGGUGAUCCUGAGCCCCGAUGCUCGCCGCUCUCGCUAUGUGCGGCUACGCCAGCGCCUCUGCCGCCAGAGUGUCCUCCUCUGGCCCCACCAGCCCAACGGUCAGGGAAGCUUCUGGGCCCAGCUGGGCAUAGCUCUGACCAGGGACAACCACCAUUUUUAUAACCAGAACUUCUGCCAGGGACCAACAGCUGAAUAGCCCUAAGCCACAGUUCUGCCCAGCCCUCCACUCUUACAUGCCUCACCUCUCUUGCCUUGCUCUGCAGCUUCACAGCUUAGUGCCUGCCGCCACUAAGCGCCCCUCCUCGACCUGCCAUAGAGUAGGCACUCAAUAAAUGCUGCU